ACACCAAUAACUUGUCAAAAAUUCCUGCUACUUAAUACUCCAAUAGCUCAUUCUCUCCCAUUUUACUUUCUCUACUUUCUCUCUCUCUCUCUCUGCGAAUUCUAACAAACACCGAUGGCCGGAAACUUGGAGGGCGAAAUCGUCUCCGACGACGUUAAGUUCGGGUUCCAGCGCCCAGAGAUGUAUGAACUUAAGCUUAAAGGUACUGCUUCCGUCUACGAUCGUCACGUAUUCCUCUGCUACAAAUCACAUGAAGUUUGGCCUUCUCACCUUGAAUCCUCCGACUCCGAUCCACUUCCGAAGCUAUUUGCUGCUACUCUCAAAGCUCGCAAGGAUGAUAUCAAACUGAAGACUAUUUUGACGAUUUGCGAAGUACGUGAAGACAUUGGACUAUCGGAUGGAGAUGUUCUGAUUUUUCCUGAUAUGAUCAAAUACAGGAAUUUGAAAGAGUCAGAUGUUGAUGCUUUUGUUGAGGAUGUGCUUGUGAGUGGCAAGUCAUGGACUUCUGGACCGCAGGAGCCAAUAAAUGGUUCUUAUGUUUUUGUCUGUUCCCACAAUAAUCGAGAUAGAAGGUGUGGUGUCUGUGGACCGAUUCUGAUUGAGGAAUUCAGCAAGGCAAUUGAGUCCAAGGACUUGAAAAACGAAGUACAUGUGGCUGCUUGUUCACAUGUUGGUGGCCACAAGUAUGCUGGUAAUGUGAUAAUCUACAGUACUGAUAAACAAGGGAAAAUUGCUGGGCAUUGGUAUGGCUAUGUUACCCCAGAUGAGGUACCUAUUUUGCUGGACGAGCAUAUCGGAGAGGGAAAAAUCCUUGAACGGCUUUGGAGGGGCCAAAUGGGACUGCAUGCUGAGACAACUGAUAAGGUGAAUGAGCUGAGUGUUCUCAGUGGAACCACUGUGGACAACAAAGGAAAUGCGCCUGUAGAAACUGCUAGUCAGGGCUGUUGUCAAGGUGCUGCAGGAUUUUCUUGUUGUAGAGAUGCGAAUGUUGACGGAGAAGAGGUAGAGAAGGGACAGGGAAGACUUCCGUCCUGUUUCAGAAAAUGGGAUAAACCUGAAGUUUACACAGCCAUUGGCGUCGUUGGAGCAGUGGCUGUUGUUGCUGUUGCUUAUGGAUUUUACAAGUCACGCUAAAAUGUUGUCAAGAAAGUGUAUGCAUCCAGAGGUUCUUUUAGAGAGUAAUGAUGUAACUCUAGACCAUUACAUUUGCUACGUGUUAGGUGUGCAUUUUUCUGAGGGAGUAAAACGUAAAUGCAGAACGUGUCCGACUGUGGAGAUGAGCUCCUCUUGUUUUCUUCAAGUGAGCCACCGUAAAAGGGCCACUUUUAAACAACUGCUACUUACUACAUAUACCUGCAGGUUUAGUUUAUACCCUACAAAGAUGCUUUAAAUGCCAGGUGUGGAGGUCUUACUUCCUGGUGGUUUUGGUUAAAGAUGAAUAAUAAGAUCAGCACGGGUUUUGGGAUGUUGCA